GAAAAGAAAUACAAGUCUGUUUCUAACAUCUGUUACACAUUUUCUCACCCGGAAUAACAGAAGCGAGCUGCUACCGAAGUUCUACUCGAAUAGAAAACUGUGACACUGUUGCUGGUUGUUGAUUUGGUUUGUUAGAAAAAUAAAAAAAACAAAGAAGAAGAAGACGGCCGGUGAACUGAACCUCCUGCAGUUACCCCUGUUCAAACCUUUGAGCAGGAAAUCCAAAUACAAAACAGCGGCCAGAGACGGAAGGAGUGUUUUCACACUCGUCUGUUUGCUCUUGCAGCACAUCAAGGUUUUAGCAGAUCGGGGAAUUUCUGAAAUGACGAAAUCCGGCCAAACACGAGCUUUGACCUGGCUGAAGCUGCGGUUUAGUCCGGGAGCUGCUCAAACAGAGGACGACUGUGACUCCAUCUGGUUUCACUUUCUGUGAAUCAGAGGUGUUUACAGAAUAAAGCUCUUCAGUUGCUGUCGUGUUGUGCAAAUGAAGAAAAACCCUCAUAACGGAUUUAGACUGUUUGGAGAUGUGGGCCCACUGUAGAUGACUGACCAAUCACUGCAGGCUCAUACGUCCUAUUGUUUACAGCUUCAGUUACCGUGGACGCGUGGCACUGUAGACUGAGGUUCUGAUCCCUGUACCACUGGAUUUGUGCCUCGCUCGUUCUGAACAUGCUGCCCUGAAUGAAUGCAGCCGCAGCUCGUAAUAAUUUCAUCAUUAUCAUUAUUAUUCUUAUUUGUCUCUUUCAACCGUUCGUUUUUUGAUGCCGCGUUGAGUCGGAUCAGAUCGCGGAAAGAUUCCCGAGGCAGCAUUCGGCUCAGAAGUGACAUUGAUCCUCAGUCAUACAUGUUUUCACUGUAAUGCUUCUAAUCAUUUUCUUAUUCAUAUAAACAGGAAAGGACGACAUAAGAAAACCCAACAUCUGGUUCAGACAAUCCCCUUAGAAAUAGAGGUAUGACACAUAGCUAGUAAACUACCUGUAACUGAAUUCCAUUCUCAGAACGACUCUGCCAUGACGGCUUGGAAACGAGGCGAUCGGGACGAACAAACACUCCGUUCCCCUGACGGACAGUCGGCCGUGGUGAUACACGAGAAACCGUGGCAGCAACAAGCGACACAUUCAACGACAAAGUGCACACGACGCGUCUCGGUGAGAAACUCUGAACGUGAACAGAAACUUCCGUUUCUUUUGCCGAGAACUCCACAGGGCAGCUUCAAGUAAAAUUCAGAGGUGACGCAGAGUUCAUGCGAUGGGAGAGCUUCCUCCAUUGUGGACCGGGUAGUUCUCCGUUCCCCCAAAGGUUUGAGUCCACCAAAGUUAAACUUUUGCAAAAGCUCUACAGCAGGUCCACUGAUGGUGGACCGCUUUUGCUGUUGUGACCGGGCCUCCGGGCGUCCUGCCUGGCAGCCAGUUGAAGGGGAACAAAGGCCGAGAACACGGUGUCUUCCGGUGUGUUCAUUUCUUCUUCUACUGCUGUGUUAAAAGCACUGAGAUGCUCAUGCGAGACAGGAGCAGAAGGACACAACAGCUAACGUCAGCCACUGGGCUGUAAUUCAGGAUAAACUGGAUAGAUGAGGGUGAUUGAAACAGACAUUUGUAUGAGAAGAAAACUGUGUUUUCUUGUUUCAAAAGUAUAUGAAAAAGUAUAAAACUCCCCCACUUCUCAAGCCAAAUAAAGGAUUUCAAAACCUCCUGGGUACAGCUGGAGAUGGCAGGUCUGGGGUUUUUAGCUCAUGAAGAAUGGACUUUUUAUAGAUGCGUGGUCCCGACAGGACAUGAUGGUCUUAUAGAGUACGAUGCGUGGCUGUGGAGGAAGCUUUCCAACACGACGCAAGGGAAUUAAAAUGCAAAACGCAGCAGUGACAGUAGAACCAUUUCACUGCAUCAGGACGAUGCCUGAAGUACAUUUUGCUGAUUUUGCUUUAACUCAAGGUUGCGAAUGCAGGACUUGUACUUGUAGUGGAGUAUUUUCACAGUGCUACUUUUACUGAAGUAAAGGAUCCAAACGCUUCCUCAACCACUGCCUGCUGAUUGGUCUUGACAAUGACUUCAGUGUUGGGAAACUGUGGCUUCAGCAGCAGUUUUUUCCAGCCACCUACUAGUCUUUAAAAUCCCCUUUACUGAGACAUCUCUGCUUGAUUCUUCACUGCUGUCACCACUGAAGUGAUGAAAUCUGGUCCUUUUACCGUCAACAGUCUGGAAAUUACAGAUGCAGCCUGCCAGGCCACGAGCACUGACCUUGACUGGGAGGGAUGAAUGAUAACUGCGUGCAAACUGGGAGGAGCGUCAGGUCUUUAUAAAAUCACCCCGCUGUCUCCCUGAGCUAAAACCGGGAGACAAAGACUUCCUCCAGACUAAGAUCCAUCAUGUUUGCCUUCAAAAUGCUCCUCUCCGUUCUGGCUCUGACUCUGUUGGCUGCUUCUGUGGAGUCUUCGUCUGGUGGUGCCCCUGCAAACCACAACUUCGACCUGUCGGGCUCAGCCCUGACGAGGCUCUAUAACUCUCCAGUGCAUCACGCUGAGAGGAUGAAGAGGCCGUUGGAAGGGACUUCAUCUUGGUUCGGACCAAUCAGCCACUCUGGAGUUCGAGUGACGCUGGAAGACGGCACUAAGUGGCUCGUGCAUAAAGGAGAUGGAUACGGAAGAUCCUCUCAGACGGUGGUGACCGAUGCUCAACACAUGAGCUCAGACUGGACGCCUGUCAGUUCCAGAGAGUUCCACGGUACGAAGACAGUCUCCGACUUCGUGAGAGCCGGAGGCUCCGGCUACAACCUCUUGCUGGAUAACUGCCACCUGGGCUCUCGUCGAAUGAUUAAUCAGUAAACGCAGACUUCCCCCUGCCCUUUGAAGUUUGAGUCACAAUUUGUUUCCUGCGGAGGAGGAUUAGGGACACGUGAAUAAAUAGAAUUUUGUCCCUAACCCUCUUCCUCUCUGCUGAACAGAAAAUAAAGGUGAAACCUCACAGAAAGUGUCGUGUGCUUUUAUUCCACCGGAGGCUGUUGACUGUAUUUAAAGGGAAAUUCCACCUGUAUUGUGCAGGUGCACAUCUUCUCAGAGCAUCCUGUCUUCACCAUUUAACGUCCCGUCUAUAACCAUGUGAAACAUCGACUACACGACAUAAACACACUUGAGUUCUGUUAUUUGUGUAACCUGACUGAUUAACAGAUUAAACCACUGGACUGGUGUUUG